CCAAUCGCGUCGCUCGGGGGGCGGGUCGAGGGUGUGUAUCCGCAAUGACAACAGGAAGUGGCUGCAUACUGGUUUAAUCGCUUGCCGUUUUAUACACUUUUCGUAUCAGCUGACAGUCUGGGAGCCGCGCAAGAUCGCAAAGACGCAGAAACUCACGACUACAGCUGUUUAAUCGACACUCGCCGCGAUGACGGCGCCCGAAGAGGCCUGAGCUCGCUUUCCCUCGGCGGUCGUCGUCCUUUCCAGACAUCCAGAGCAGCUCGACGCUGGACGUCGCUAUUUAUAGGAGAAGUAGGAAAAUAACCGGAACAUCGAACAUGCCGGGUCUAACGUGAAGGCUGAAGUUCUUCUGUAAUGCCGCUGUAUCGAGCCUGAACCAUGAACUCGGUGUCUCCCAGCGCCGUUCAGUACAUAGUGGGCAGCGGCGCUCAUGAGGACAAGCCCUCAGCACAGCCCAGACGCCACAACGGCCACGGCUCGGCGCCGGACAGCCCGAGAGAAGGCUCUGGAGAACCUGAUGAAGUGGAUCGCCUCAAAGCCAAGUUCAUGUCCGCGUGGAACAACGUCAAAUAUGGCUGGGCCGUUAAAUCCAAAACUACCUUCAACAAGACCUCCCCCCUGAUCCUCCUGGGCCAGUCGUAUCUGUUCAACACUGAAGACGAGGUGGAUCGCUUCCGGCAGGCGUUCGUGUCGUGUGUGUGGCUCACCUACAGGAGGGAGUUUCCUCAGCUGGAAGGAUCCAGCCUGACCACGGACUGCGGCUGGGGAUGCAUGCUGCGCAGCGGACAGAUGCUGCUGGCGCGGGGGUUACUGCAGCACCUCAUGCCUCCAGACUGGAGGUGGGCAGAUUGUCAUCUGCUGACAGAUGUUGAUUUUGAGGUGCUAAAGCCCCGCUCGCCCUCCCCCGCUGGGAUGUCUCUUCCGUCCUUCAGUUCUUCCUGGACCAGUCCCAUUUCGCAGAGAGACCCGAGCUCUGGCGGCAGCACCCCUGCCCGCUGUCCUGCGCCCGGCCGUGAGCCUCAGCUGGAGGCUUUGCACCGAAAGCUGCUGUCUUGGUUUGGUGACCAUCCCUCAGCUCCCUUCGGCGUCCACCAGCUGGUAGAGCUGGGAAAGGAGUCGGGGAAGAGAGCGGGGGACUGGUACGGCCCGUCCGUAGUAGCACACAUGCUGAGGAAAGCCGUGGCCAGAACCUCUGAGUUUCACGACCUGGCUGUAUACGUGGCGCAGGACUGCACUGUGUAUAAAGGAGACGUCAUGAGGCUGUGUGAGCCGCCACUAACACAGGAUCUGUCCGAGAGCUGGAAAUCAGUCAUUAUACUAGUGCCAGUGCGACUGGGAGGAGAAUCACUGAACCCCUCCUACAUCGAGUGUGUUAAGAACAUUCUCAAGUUAAAAUGCUGUAUAGGAAUUAUUGGAGGAAAACCCAAGCAUUCCCUGUUUUUUAUUGGCUUUCAAGACGAGCAGCUAUUGUAUCUAGACCCUCACUACUGUCAGCCAGUGGUGGACGUCACCCAAGGCAACUUCUCCCUAGAGUCCUUUCACUGUAACUCGCCCAGGAAGAUGAACUUCAGCCGUAUGGAUCCCAGCUGCACCAUCGGCUUCUACGCUCAGACUAAGACAGACUUUGAGUCUUUGUGCUCAGCGGUCAGUGAUGCUUUGUCGUCCUCUAAAGAGAAGUAUCCCAUCUUUACAUUUGUAGAGGGCAGGGGACAGAACUAUGGCCUGGAGGGGCAGAGCGGGGGGUCCAUGGACGGUCCUGCAAACAUUUUCUCGUGCAACAGAAUGAGCAGAAACAACAAAAGAGGAAGCACAGAUGAGUUUGUGCUCCUGUGAGGAGCGUCUCGCACAGACCCAGACCCCUGCACACGACUUCACAAAACCGCUGUUCCUCAGAAUAUAAGGCAAACCUGGCACUGAGUUUCACCUCAAAACCAAAGGGAAACUAAGAAAUUAUAUUUUGCGUAAAGAAAACACUGCAUGUCGUGAUGUUAUUUUUAUCACAGUUAGGCAAAUUUUCCUUCGAUUUUUUUCAUUUGCGUGAUGUUAAAAACCUUACGCAUGCUGCUGUUUUUGCAAAUUGUUGAUUUUGAUUACUGCAUUACAGUAU